UUUUAAACUCAGAUGUCCUUCUGCGUUUUAGAUGCCCUUCACAAUGUGAGACUGAGUUUCAAGUUAUGAGCUGCUCUCAUGCGCACCAGCCAACAUGGAAUGAACCCAGCUUUUUUCUGGUUGAGGUUCAACUGAAGCUGACGAGGCAAGGUGUGCCUUGCGAUACAUGCUUAGGCACAUGGACAGAAUGUCGCGAUGGCUCCGCUUCUCAAGAGGCUGGCUUGUCGCUCAGGCUUGGAAUCCCCGGUUGAGGUUACUCAGCACCCGCUCCUCGGUCGAACAUGUCCGUGUGCCAUGCGCAUCUUCAGGUGACAUCACCGUGAGCCUCUACAACAUCGCAAAGCACAACUCAACCAUCCCUUUAAUCAUCUUCAUACCGCCGUUCUCUCAGCCGGCUGAGCAGACUCCACUACCAUCAUGCUUCCAGGAUUACCCAACCGCUGUCAUCAACUACAGAUGGCUGGCCCUUGAGGGAGAUGACCGGCGGGAGGGUCCUCUCUACUGGCCCACACCGCUCCACGACAUUAGUUUCGGCUACUCCUGGAUCAAGGACAAUCUCGGCGCUGGCACCGAUGUUUCCACGACCCCUCGGGCUGCCUACGUCCAUGGGUCGUACCUCGGCGCCACCCUCGCCGCCGCCCUGGCCUUGACCGAAUCCUACGUGCCGGUGACAGGUCACUCCAUGACCAUCCGCGGUCUGAUAGCCCAGAAUGGCAUAUAUAACUGGACCAUGUUCCUGCCGGAUCACCCAAUCCACGCCCCCAAGCCCAUGAUAAGGAGGAAGAAACAGGGCCUUCUCAGCCAAUUCCUCCGCGAGCACCCGGAGCGGCCAACCACCGUCGAAGAGGAGGGCAUCUUCACGGAUUUGAAACACCAAAUGCCAGCCCUUUUCUCCACCCCGGACAACCUCUUCGACCCCUUCGCCUCGCCCUGCCUCUUCUUCCACUCACCCAACGUCCACGUCCCAGACGACUUCACCACUCCGCUCACCGCCACCGCCACCUCAUCCCUUCCUUCAAAUUUCAUGUCCGCAGUCGACGCCCUAGCCAACCACUCCUCCUCCCCCUCCUCAGAUUCUGACCCCAAUUCAGAGUCCGAGUCAGCAGAAGACCUCCUGGAAAGCGCAACCCUCCGCGCAAAGCUUCUCAAGCCCCCACGAAAGGGCUACCUAACCUACCCUCCCCUCUCCUUCUCCUCAAACACCGGUCCCGUCCUGCGCAUCCCGCCAACCCUUCUCCUCUACUCGACCCCACAACACCAUAAUCUUACACGAAGCAGCAGCAGCAGCAGGCAGACGGCCCUGCGCAACAGCUUUGCGGCACAAGCCCGCGAAUUGGCCGGUUUGAUGCUCCGGAGCGUGGACAUGUACGAGCUGAGCGGGCAUGGGCGGUAUGGUCGGGGCAGGGAACGUGAUAAUAGGCAUAAGGGGACGGCGCUGCAGGUGGAGGAGGAGUGGGGACAGGUGGUAGAGGAUCCUGAUGAUGAUGGGGGUCGGAAGAUGAAGGUGGACUGGGAGAGGAGACGGGAGCUCGAGAGGCGGGUGCAGACGUUCGAAAUUUCCCCGUCCCAGCAGGCUCAGGAAGAGCGGGGCGGGUUGAGGCUCGGGUUGGAUGACAGGGCGGAGGAGGUUGUGAGAGAGUGGUUGAGCGAGAGGAUUGAGGAGGAUUUUGGUGGGGACGGGGACGACUCUGUAUGAGUUGAGCUUGUGGUUCAUUGUUCUGGCAGGAUAGGUAGACAGGAGGAGUUCGGAUGAAAAGCCUGCCCAAAGCACCACUAAGUGGUUUAUGCAGAAGGUCCAAGUUCUCUGAUUUCACCGACU